CACCCCUCUUCCCAUCUCUAUUUUUCUCACCGUGCAGCUUCCUCAGACUCUCUACCCCCCUCCCCUCUCUUGUGGCCUUGCGGCGCCGACUGGGCGAGCGGCGACGCCCUUCGACGCGUCUUCGCCGGGCUCGUCGUCGCCGACGACCACCCACCAGGAUACGGAUGGAUCAGGAGGUGAAGGACUCAAGGCCCUCGAGGUCUCCCAGCGAGACAAACCUCUUCCUGCAAUGGGGGAGCCGGAAGCGGCUGCGCUGUGUCAAGACGCGUGAUGACGGCUCACCAUCACCCUCGCCGUCUGAAGUUCUUAGGCGUGCUGUACCCCGUGCGAGUCGGCCUCUUCUCGGAGCUGACGUAGCACCAUUUCGUUCGCCACGCCGCCCAAGCACCCUUCAACGCAGGAAAUCGGAUUCACAAGCGAACGAGUACAAGCAGUCAAUGGCACUCUCCCCGGAGAAGGACCGGUAUUACUCCACUAGGGGUUCACCAUUCCCUUUUGAGGGGAAUGGGUUUGAUUUCGGUGGUUUAACAGAGGAGAAGGGAACCACUGCGUUGCCAAGAUUCUUCAUUGCAUUGUCUAACAAGGAGAAGGAGGAGGAUUUCAUGGCAAUGAAGGGCUGCAAGCUCCCACAGAGACCAAAGAAAAGACCCAAGCUGAUGCAGAAGUGCUUGCUUAUGGUGAGCCCAGGAGCUUGGUUGUCAGAUCUUUCACAUGAGAGAUAUGAAGUUCGAGAGAAGAAGAGUUCAAAAAAGCAGAGGGCUAGAGGCUUGAAGGCUCUGAGCCUGGAGAGUGAUUCAGAGUAAAGGCGGAGGAGGGUAUGAAUUUUUGGACAUUGACUUUAGCUGGAGGAAGAAAUUUCUAGUUAGGUGGCCAUGCUGGUUCUUCAAUUAGACAAACCUCAGAGGGGCUAUCAAUGGCUGUUCUGCUCUACCUGCCUUCCUGUUCUCCCCUGUUGUACCUCCAUUCUCCUUUGGUUGAAGAAAUUAUCAAAAAGAGCUAUGCAUGUUAGCAGAAAAGCGUAUAUGAGCCCAGUUUCUGAUAACAAGAUGCAACUUGAGAAUGGGCGUUGUCUGGAAACCCCAGGAUGUUCGGUUGUUGUAAACAUGUUGUGAUACAGUACUAUUGACCAGUUUGCUGGAGGAUAUAAUAUGGUGGGUUGGUGCUUGGUGGUCAUUCAAUAAAAUCGAUUUGUUGAAUUUGCA